AUGCCUCUUAUGACCAGGAGCGCCGCUAGCGAGCCCAACCUGUCUUCACGUGGCCGCAAAGACCUCUCAAUCGAUUCGGUCAUGAUGUCUCGCAGCCAGGAUCCAAGUCCCAAUGGCCGUAUGAUGCUUCACACAAGGCAGCCAGACUUCAAACCCACCAUGUACACCUAUGAUCCCAGCAAAGCUCCAAGCUUGUCCGGCCGCAAGAGACAGUAUCGUUCACAUAAUUCUAAGCCGCCUACAAGAGCAUCCUCGUUCGUCAUGAGCCCGCACAUCGUCACCAUGGUCGAGGAGCAAGAAGAAGUGGAAGAACAAGCUGGUAGCUCGUCUUCAUCCACCAAGUCACACGAAAGCGAGUCUUCCACGCAGUCCCAAUACCUCGAGAUGGCAAGAACGACUAGCAACCGCAUGCAACAGCAACAGGAUGAAGUGCUGGGUGAAGUGGGUACCCCCGCACCGGAGAUCCCGGCCCGCAAUCCCGCAAGGAACAGCAUCUCCUCUCGACGAACGUCCGUGGCGAGCAACACCGAGCCCAAGACGGAUUCGGCCAUCGCUACGCACCCCAGCAUCUCCAGCGAGCCGAAAGCCCCGGGGACUCUUGCCACAGCGGACAGGCCGGAAUCGCCCGGCCCCAAGUCCAAGAGGCGGACUUGGUUCAGCAGCAAGAAGCGACAGUCUGCUCCUGUUGAGGCGCAUUGA